AUGGGCAGCAAAAAGAGAAAGGCUGGUCGCCCGGCGCAACCGAAAUCAGCACCUGAGCCCUCCAAGUUCGACAUCGAAGAGCGCUUCGAUGACUCCGAGGAUGAGUUCCAGACCGGCCGUGAUCAGAUUCUACUCGAGGAAGGUCCAGAGGCAAAGAGGCGGCGGAGAGUUGCCGAGGAUGAGGAAUUACUCCAGCCUUCCGACGAAGAGAUCCUUGGCUAUGAGUCUGUAGAUGAGGACGAAGAUCUCGAAGACUCAGAAGAAGACGAAGAAUAUGAUGACAUGGGCCUGCCUAAGAAAGGAACUGAGUCCGAGGAAGAAGAUGAAGGCAUUGCCGCUUGGGGCUCAUCGAAGAAGGACCUCUACAACGCAGAUCAAAUCGAGACCGAGGUCGACGCAUUGGAGGAAGAGCAGGAGGCUAAGCGACUACAAAUAAAGCAGUUGCAGGCUAUGAACGAAGCCGAUUUCGGAUUUGAUGAAUCUGAAUGGGUGGAAUCUGGCAAGGCUGCCGAGGACGACGUUGAUGCUGGCGCGGUAACUGAAGUGCUUCCGCAACUGGAAAUCACUGAUGAUAUGGACACCGAUGAGAAGCUGAAGAUUCUGAAGUCGAGAUACCCCGAGUUUGAACCCCUGGCGAAGGAUUUCGUCGGCCUUCAACGCUCUUACAAGAAACUUCAACGCGCUGCCUCGAAGGCUUCAACAGAUGACGACGAUACGGAGGAGUCGCAACCAUCUCCAGUCCCCGUGGUGAAAUUCCGUGCCCUAUCUGCCUAUCUCGGUACUAUCAGCAUGUAUUUCAUGCUUCUCUCCUCCCCAUCUCCCGACGCAACUAGCGAACAAGUUCCGAUGACCCCCGCUGAACUCCGACAACACCCUGUCAUGGGAUCGCUUGUGAAAUUCCGAAAGCUUUGGAAUACGGUUAAGGAUCUCGAGGAACUCGAAGAACCCGUUGAGAAGACUAUCAAAGAGCCUAAGGCCGAGCCAGCAAAGACCGAGAAGCAACAAAAGACACAAGAGACCAAGAAGCUGAAGCAGAAGAAGUUGAGUAAGAUGGAGAUCGCACAGGCAGAAGCCGAAGCUCUCCGCGCAGAGCGUCUUCGUGAAACAGAAGCCGGUCUCGCAGACCUCUCGAACCUGGCCACCGAGUCUACCCGGAAGCGCAAGACACCAAAGACCAAAACACCUCUCAAGGAUGACGACUCCGACUUCGGUGACGAGGAUGCCCUUACAGCCCAUGAAGCAGAGGAGAAGGCUAAGCAGAAGCGCUCGCUCCGCUUCUAUACCUCUCAACUGGCCCAGAAGGCCAACAAGCGCAAUGCAGCAGGCCGGGAUGCCGGCGGAGACGCCGAUCUUCCGUACCGUGAACGUCUACGCGACCGCCAGGCCCGUCUUAACGCCGAGGCCGAGAAGCGUGGCCGGAAAGAACUCAACCCCGAGCAGCAGCUGGGUGGUGACAGUGAUGACGAGGAUCGUCGCGUUGCCAAGGAACUCCGCCGCGGCGAGGGCGCCAAAGAUGGCACUGAUGACGAUGAGUACUACGACAUGGUGGCAUCCCGCUCCAAGCAACGCAAAGACGAUAAACAGGCUCGCUCAGAUGCCCACGCUGAGGCUGAGCGCCUGGGCGGAAGCGUCUUUGAGCAGGAGGAGGUUGGUGCGGAUGGCAAGCGCGCUAUUACAUACCAAAUCCAGAAGAACAAGGGUCUCCAUGCGAAGCGCAGCAAGGACUCGCGUAACCCGCGUGUCAAGAAGAGAAAGAAGUACGAGGAGAAGAAGAAGAAGCUUGGUAGUACUAAGCAGAUUUACAAGGGCGGCGAGGGCCGCGGUGGAUACGGUGGUGAACUUACGGGUAUCAAGAAGAACCUGGUCAAGAGUGUCAAGCUGUGA